AUGAAGCUGCUAAAACCCCAUUGGGUUAAUCAUGAUGAUAAACCAAUAUUUUCUGUGGAUAUUCAUCCAACGGGAAAGCGUUUCGCUACUGGAGGACAAGGAGGAGACUCCGGCAGAGUUGUUGUUUGGAACUUGAACUCUGUACUGUUUGAAGCAGUAGAGGUAGACCCUAACAUACCCAAAAUGCUCUGUCAAAUGGAUAAUCAUUUAGCAUGCGUAAACUGUGUAAGAUGGAGUAAUGGUGGUCGGUAUCUGGCAUCUGGAGGCGAUGAUCGUCUUGUGAUGGUGUGGGGGUUAAGCGUUGCAGCAUCUACACCAGGCAAACAUAAGGCUGAGAGUUGGAGAUGUCUUUCUACUUUAAGGGGCCAUGCAGGGGAUGUUCUGGAUCUUGCUUGGUCCCCGCUGGACAAAUGGCUUGCAAGUUGCAGUGUUGACAAUACUAUCAUAAUUUGGAAUGCCGAGAAGUUCCCGGAGAUGGUCUGUGUGCUAAAUGGGCACACAGGUCUGGUGAAAGGUGUAGCUUGGGACCCUGUUGGAAAAUACUUAGCAUCACAGUCUGAUGACAAGUCAUUAAGAGUUUGGAAAACAGCUGAUUGGGCCCAAGAAACUAUGAUUACUGAACCAUUUGAAGAUUGUGGAGGGACCACUCACGUGCUGCGGCUCUCGUGGUCCCCCGACGGGCAGUACGUGCUGUCCGCGCACGCCAUGAACGGGGGCGGGCCCACCGCCCAGGUGGUGGAGCGCGACGGCUGGCGCUGCGACAAGGACUUCGUGGGCCACCGGAAGGCGGUCACGUGUGCCCGCUUCAAUAACAACAUCUUCGUGAAGGAGGGCAAGAAGUGCUGCUGCGCCGCCGUGGGCUCCAGGGACCGGGCGCUCUCCAUCUGGCUGACCUCGCUGAAGCGCCCCCUCGUGGUGGUGCACGACCUCUUCUCCGACAGCGUCCUCGACCUGUCCUGGAGCUCCGACGGUUUAAACCUCCUAGCCUGCUCCUCGGACGGUACAGUCGCGUGCAUACAGUUCACGAAUAAAGAAAUCGGUACGCCGCUAACACUGGAGGAAAAGAACGCGUUCUACGAGAAGAUAUACGGCAAGUGCCUGGUGAACGAGUCCGGCGGCGAUCUGGCCUCCAACCUGCUGGUCGAGUGUCCGGAGAUCCUGCUCGCCCGCGAGCGGCAGGAGGCCAACAGGCAGCCCGCCAAGGAGGAGACCACCCCGAAAGGCGACAGGUCACUAAGCGCGCCGGUGUCGGCGUUCCCGGCGGUUGCGGGGGGCGUUGCGAGCGUGGGGGCUGUGGCGGGCGCGGGGGCUUUGGCGCCGGCGGGGGCGUUGGCGGGGGUGGGGGCGUCGGUGGCGGGGGGCGGGGCGUGCGUAACGCCGCUGCGCCCCAUGGACCGCCAGAUCGAGACGCGCACCUCUGACGGCAAGCGCCGCAUCACGCCCGUCUUCAUCCCGCUCACGCACGCCGACGCUAACGAAUCGCUGGGCUCGCAGCCGGGCGGCUCCGACAACUGCUUCAGCACCUCGUCGCAGAGCAAGUCGCGCAUCCGCGUGGAGCGUCGCGACGACAUCGUCAUCCACCCCAACGUCAGCAACCACGCCACCACCUCGCAGGGCAGCCGCCACAACGACAAUAGCGGGAUCGAACCCACGCCCUCUGGUGCAGCGGACUGGACCAGCGGUUGCGGAGGCGGGGGGGAGGCGUUCCGCUGCCUGGUCCCCGGGCGGACGAGGUGCAGGCGCGCGCGGGGGGCGGCGGAGUGGCGGGGGCGGGGGCAGGGGCGGGGGGGGGGCGUGGCGGGGGCGGGGGCGGGACCGCCCCGCGUGCCCCUCGCCGCGCCAGUGCUCGGCGCCGCAGGGCCCGUCGUCAGGGCCGCGGGCGCUCUGAGACUGCACGUGGUCAAUAAGGCGUGCAACACUCACUACGGAACCCUAUCCCGGUUGCAACUCAUCCCUAACAAUUCCGCCUCCAACGAUCCUGUGUGGGAAACUUAUCUAGGGUCGCCGGUGACGUGCAUCGCGUGCGACGCGCGCUGGGCGUGCGUGGCGUGCGCGGACGGUGCGCUGCACGUGUGGCGCCUGCAGAGGGCGCACGCCGUGCGCGCGCUGCCGCCGCUCGCGCUGAUGUCGCAGGCCGCCAAAAUGACCCUAUCAGGUGACACCCUCCUGGUGGUGACCACUGCGGCGGAGCUCGCCAUCUGGGAGCUAGCAAACGCCUCCUGCAUCAUCAGACCCCUAUGUUUCCGGAAUCUGUUAUCGCACGGUGUGUCAGUCACCAAUUGUUCACUUUUGGAGGAUGGCAAUCCAAUGAUAUCGCUGAGUAAUGGGAAAAGCUAUAUUUACAGUAAGAAAUUGUGCGCUUGGGUGGUGUGGAUGGACGCGAGCGACCCCGUGCGGCGCGCGGGCGGCGGGGCGAGGGGCGCGCGGCGGGUGGGGGGCGCCCCCUCGCUCGGCCCCUCCCUCGCCCCCUCCCCCUCCGCCGCCCACCUCGCCCACGCCGCCCCCUCCCUGCGCCCGCACGCAAACGCCAGCUACAGCGCGGGUGCGGCUCGCAGCUGGCUGGAAGCGCAGCUGGCUUCGUGCCUGCACCUUCGUCUGCCCACCGACUACCGCCACUGGCUGGCCGCGCUCUUCGCGCACCUCGUCAACCACGGUACGGAAGAUCAAUUGCGGGCAAUACUGGACGAUAUGUUGGGCCCAAGUCACUGUACGUCGACGCCGAAGAAAUGGCAGCCCACAGUGUUGGGUAUCAAGAAGCACGAAAUCCUGGAGGAAAUGCUCUCGCUGCUGGUGAAGCAGCUGCGCUGGCAGCGACUGUACACUGAGUACGCAGAUCAGUUGAGCGAACUUAAGCAGAGUGCGGCGCUCGUGAACGGCCAC